UCACAGAACCUAGCCGCCGCCCGCUUUUGCACAAUUCCUCUUUUCUCUCCCACCACGAACCCUAGCCGCCGUCCCUCGCGGUGGCGUGAUGCCGUGAGCCGUGAGCCGUGACUGAGGAGCGCCACGCGCCUCUAACCGAUGAGCGACGAGGACCGGCGCCCUGAGCUGCUGCCCUGACCGGUGACGACGAGCCGACCACCAUCCGCGACCACCGUGCCCCUUGCGUCGCGCCGCCAAGCCCGACCCUCUUUCGUCGCUCCACUGCCAGUGACAGGGACAUCCGCCGACGGUGCUCCAUCUCCUGGCUGCUGCAGUUCGUCACCACCUCUCGUCCUCUUCGAGGUUGGUGUUGGGUCGUCGCCUGCUGUUCUUCCGGUGUUGUACCUUGCAGCUGAAUCCUGAAGAUGCUUUCUAUACUGGAAUCUGAACAUGAUGAGGGAUUGAAGGACAAAGAUGAUGCAUUUAUGAGUGUAGAUGCACAGGUAGAUGCAGAAGCAGAUGCAGAAGCAGCGGCUGCAGAAGCAGGAGACGAAUCAUUCUUACGUAGCAUCAUUGAAGAUGAAGAUGCCGAAGCAAAAGUUGGUGAAGGUGCCAAACCAGAAGCUGCUCAAGAUGACAAGCCAAAAGGACGGAAGCAAAUGGCGUCAAGAUCACAAAUCUGGGAGCAUUUUACCAAAGUUUUUGAUGACAAGGGGUUAGUAAAGGAAGGAAAAUGCAAGUAUUGUGACCGACCAAUUCAAGCUACUACAUCAAUCAAUGGAACAACAGCAAUGCGCAGGCACUUUGGUACAUGCAAGCGCAGUCUGAAUAAGAAAAUGGAUCCAAUUCAGACCACUUUGCAAGCAACUCCAGGAGAUGGCAUUAAUACUUGGAGAUAUGAUGCAGAAAAAGUUAGGAAGGCAUUUGCUGUGAUGGUCAUAGAGGAUGAACUGCCUUUUGCAUUUGGUGAGAAAUCUGGAUUCAGAAAGUUCAUUUCAAUCGCCUGCCCCCGCUUUAGUCCACCAUCAAGAAGAACUUGUACUAGGGACACUGUCAAAAUCUAUCUAGAUGAGAAAUGCAAGUUGAAAAAGUUUUUCAAAGAGAAUUGUGGAAGUGUGUGUGUAACCACUGAUUGUUGGACUUCUCAGCAGCAAGAUGGCUAUAUGGUAGUGACUGCACACUUCAUUGAUGAAGAGUGGAAGUAUCAUAAGAAGAUUAUUAAAAUUUCAUUAUGGUGA